GGCUUUUCUCUCUGGAGUGAAGGAGGAUGAGAGGCAACUUGACAUGUGUAUACGAUGUUAAGAGGCAGAGAUAGAGUGGACAGCCAGAGUCUUUUUCCCAGGGUGGAAUUGGCCAAUAUGAGGGGGCGUAAUUUUAAGGUGAUGAGGUGGGCGGAUAUGAAAAGUAUGUUUUUUUAAAACACAGAAUGGUAGGUGGAUGGAACUCUGCCAGGGGUGGUGGUAAAAACAGAUACAUUAGGGACAUUUAAGAAAAACCUAGAUAGGCAUAUGAAUGAAAGAAAAAAUGAAGGGCUAUGUAGGAGGGAAGGGUUAGAUUGUUCCUAGAGUUGGUUAAAAGAUCGGCACAAUAUUGUGGGCCAAAGGGCCUGUGUUGUAAUAUUCUAUGUGUUAAAAGUGAAAGAGGUGUAUUUAAUGCUAAGUUUGUGAGACUUAAAAUAUAAUUCUGCUGUUUAACUCCCCCAGCGUUUGCACAAUGACAAAAAAAAAACUGCUGCCCAUUCAGCGAGCGGAUUGGAGCUGCUGAACUGUGACAUUCGUUUUCAUUCAUGUUACCUCAGCUCUUUGAAUUCUUCCACCCAGAUCUACGUCUACUGACCUAGCUCUCAGGCAGGACUCCUAUCUCCAUAAGUGGCUGGGGCGUGAGUGAGGUAUCCCAGCAUCUUCCUUUACCUGAGCAAGCCAACAGCAAAGCACCUUCCCCUCACCCAGAUGGCGUCAGACGUCACGGUUGCAGAGUGAUUGACGGUAUGAAGACCAAUCAAUGCAUAGAGUUGUGCCAGAUGACCCAAUUGUAUGUCGCGAGGCGGGAUAUCUAUUGGAGCUUCGUCUGUUGUCAAGAGAGAAGGUUCCGGAAGCUGCGUCCGCUUUGAAUGGUGGACGUUUACCAAGCGGUGCUGGGACCCGGGCCCGAGAGCGGCAGGUGGCGAGGCAGCCAUGCCCAGCUCCCUUCUAUGGGCCGUAGAUGUACAUGGCAAAGUGUACACUCUUUCGACAGCCAGUCAGUACUGGGAGUUGUGCAAAGAUGCAAGCUUGGAAUUUAAGAGACUGGCAGCUGUCAAGCAAUGCUGUUGGGGAAUUGCAUGUGACCAGCAAAUCUACGUUUAUGUCCACAUGAAUGAUGUUCCAAUCCGAUACCAAGAAGAGACCUAUGAAAAUCAGCGCUGGAAUCCGGUGGAUGGUUUCAGUGACCACUUGUUACCCAGUGACCGCUGGCAAUGGAGUGAUGUUACAGGAUUGAAGCAUCAACCCCUCAAUAAAUUCAAGCUUGCAUCAGAACAUUGGGAGUGGGAAUCCAGCUGGUACGUGGAUGAAAAUAUUGGAGGAGAGCCAACAGAAAAAGGGGGUUGGACUUAUGCCCUAGAUUUUCCUGCCACUUAUACAAAAAAUAAACGCUGGAACUCUUACGUGCGUCGGCGCCGAUGGAUCCGAUACAGGAGGUAUAAGUCAUGCAACACCUGGGCGAAGAUUCCCUCACAAAUUACUGGACCACUACCAGAUCCCUUUCAUGACAUUGCUGUAGGAGGAUGGGAGGUCACUGAUGAGCCUUUAGGACAUCUCUCAGUCUGGGCAGUAACCGUUCUAGGCAAGGUAUUUUAUAGAGAAAAUGUAAAUGAUCACAACCCUGAGGGUUUGUCCUGGACGGAAAUCCAGAGUCCUGGGGAAGUAGUUCAGAUAGCCUGUGGACCAGGUGACCUUGUGUGUGCUGUACUAUGGGAAGGCCAGCUAAUGAUGAGAACAGGAAUAAACAGGGAGAACCCUAAAGGGAAUUCCUGGCAAAUUGUCGAAUUACAAAACUCUGGAAAUGGUUUUGUCCAGGUCUCAGUGGGUGUCAACGUGCUAUGGGCUGUUUCACGGGACAGAAAGGUUUGGUUUAGAAGAGGUGUCUGUUCCGAGAACCCUGUUGGAACAGGGUGGAUCUGCAUGAAUAUAGAGAUGAUCAUGGUGAAUGUGGGAUUAAAUGAUCAGGUUUGGGGAAUAGGUUCUGAAGACCGCUGUAUCUACUCUCGGCAAGGUGUGACACCGACUGAGUACAGUGGAAAGGCUUGGAAAGUGAUUGUAACAAGCCGGGAGCAGGACCGAUCCUCCUGCGCAGGCAGCGCCACCAGUCUUGCAAGUGCUGGGUGUUUCUUUGGUGAUGAAGUUCGGUUACCAUCCCAGGUCUCCAUCACCAAUGACGUUGAUUAUUCCUUGGAAAUGGAGGGAGAAGAAAAGGGAACUGAAAACAUUCCUGAAACAAUUGAGAGAGUGAGGUGUUCCCAUAACAGUGGAGAUGUUGCUUCUUCCUGUCCUGCCAUCGAGUCAAAAUGCAAUGCAGUGACCAAUGUAUUUGAGAACAUCUCGUUAAAUGAAGAAUCUUUAGAAAAGUGCACUCAGCCUGACUUUGGAUCAGCAGACCAAAGGCAGUCUCUGCAAGACAGUAUGGAACUGGAUGUUGCUCGCUCUGACUCAAGUCCAGUGAACUUGGAUGUGGCAGAAACAUCCAGUGUGUCAUCUGUGGCAAUUUACCCUUUCGGAAUUGAUGAACAUUGUGUGUCUGAUGAGCACCCAUUCUGGGCCUGGGUCAGUGGAGGCGGUUGUGAUGUAGAAGCUCACACCCAGCUGAACUGGUUCAAUGUCCAGUCAGGGCAAUCAAUUUCCAUGCACUCGCUCUCGAUACCCAGUGGUUUUCCACAGCAGACAGUUUGGAGGAAGCAAAUUGUUCAACAGUUAAUUGAGCGGUCCAAACGAGAGGUGGAUGAUUUUAAGCAUUAUGAACAGGCUGUGGAGCAGUCUGUGUGGAUAAAAAAGGGAACAAUGAAGUGGUGGAGAGAUUGGAAGCCGCACAAAUGGACAGAUGUCAAGGUAGCACUGGAACAGUUCACAGGCAACGAUGGGAAACGGGAUGGGAUAUUUUUCAUAUACUACACGUACAAUGAUGAGAAAAAGUACCUUCACUUCUUCCUAAAUGAAGUUACAAUUUUAGUCCCGAUUGCCAAUGAAGCGAAACACUCCUUUGCAAUUUACACUCCAGAACGGACAAAACAGAGGUGGCCGGUCAGAUUGGCAACAGUUACUGAGCAAGAAAUGUAUGACUGGCUUGCUGUCUUGAGUCUAGCAUGCUGUGACAGUAGGGGAAUCCAGGGACCUCCGUCCCAUCAGGCCCUUUGGUCUGUCACCUGCAAAGGUGAUGUCUUUGUCAGUGAGCCAAGCCCAAAUCUGGAAGCAGCAUCACAUCCUAUGCCGAGUGAUCAAUUGUACUGGCGUCAAAUUGGAGGACAUCUCCGCUUGAUUGAGUGUAACAGUCAAGGAAUUGUGUGGGGUAUUGGCUAUGAUCAUACAGCCUGGGUCUAUACCGGAGGCUAUGGAGGUGGCUUCUUUCAAGGACUGGCCAGCAGUGCAGAUAAUAUUUAUACUCAGUCAGAUGUAAUGUGUGUUUAUAUUUAUGAAAACCAGCGUUGGAACCCUCUCACCGGAUACAGUAGUAGGGGUCUGCCGACUGAUAGGUACAUGUGGAGUGAUGCAUCAGGUCUCCAGGAAUGCACCAAGGCACACACAAAGCCUCCUUCACAAUGGACAUGGGUAUCUGAUUGGUAUAUUGAUUUCAAUGCACCUGGUGGGACUGAUCGGAAUGGAUGGCAGUUUGCAGCUGACUUCCCUGCGUCCUACCAUGGGUACAAGACAAUGAAAGAUUUUGUGCGGCGGAGGCGAUGGGCAAGGAAGUGUAAAACUGUUACAACUGGUCCAUGGUUCGAGGUUGCACCUAUUGCUCUGCGGGACCUCUCACUGAUUCCCUCUGUGGGUCAGAAUGCCGAUGACCAAGUGGCCCUAUGGGCCAUUAGCAGCAAAGGGGAUGUCCUGUGUAGGAUGGGAGUAACAAAGGAAAAUGCAAUGGGCGUUUCAUGGCUGCAUAUUGGUACAGAUCAGCCAUUUGUGUCGAUUUCUAUUGGGGCCUUCUACCAGGUGUGGGCCAUUGCCAGGGAUGGAUCAGCAUUUUACCGUGGCUCAGUUUCCCCACAAAACCCUACAGGUGACUGUUGGUACCACAUUCCUCCGCCUCCCAAACAAAAGCUGAUACAGGUUUCUGUAGGAAGGACCACGGUGUGUACAGUGGAUGGAAGUGGUAAUAUGUGGUUUCGUCAGGGUAUUUCUCCAAGUUAUCCUCAAGGAUCCAUCUGGCAACACGUCUCCACAAAUGUUCGUAAGGUGUCUGUAGGUCCCCUUGAUCAGAUCUGGAUAGUUGCUGAUAAGGUUCAAGGCAGCCACAGCCUGAGCUGUGGGACAGUGUGUCAUCGCUUAGGUGUACAGCCGCAGGAACCCAUUGGUAGCUGCUGGGACUACGGCAUUGGAGGUGGCUGGGAUCACAUCACCAUCAGAGGCAACUCAAUGGACCCUUCACACAGUCGUGUUCCCAAAACCCCUGACAAUGAGCCUGUGAAGCUGACAACCCAGAAUGGAACUGCAGGCACCAAACCUAAAAACAGUUUAAUAGUCGAGCAGCAGGAACUUGAUCAAAGUGCUGUCAGAUGCUGACAGCUUGUAUCACAAUGUUGCAUGUUCUGCUUUGGUCUUGUUAUUGGUCCAGGCAAUGACUGAGCUUUCCCAGAACUGACCUGAGACCACUUACUGCAUUAAGUAAGUAGAAUGGUGCUGUGAGUUUGUGUGUUAGCUAUGUUUGGUGUUAUUCUGCACUGUGGGCAUAAAAAUGCCUGUCACUCUGACUGAACUCCAAUAACAAAUAUGUAGUAUGUUUGGUUUAAAAUGCAAGGCACUGAAACACCUAAGCCAACAUGGUGUUGGUUUCCAUUCCAAUGUAGCAUUGACCAGACACCAAAACAUUCAUCAUUCUGUCUGUGUGCAGCAAUGGAGGCCCAAUAAUAUAUCAAUCCCAGCAACUUCUCCAACAGAGAGGAAAAAAAGACAUAUUUUUGCAGUGGCACCCAUUCACGUGCCUGAGUAAGGACGGGACAACUCACAAGAAGGUAGUAAUUUUUGAAAGCCUCCUCACAGAUGAGCUCAGGAGAACCAGUGGUACAUGCUAGUUAGCACUGCUAACUUUCUCAAACAGGCAAGCCUGCUUUGGGUCAGGAAAGUAUUCACUCUAAAUGCAUGUGCAAAGUAUUCAGUGGAACAUCAAUAGUUUUGGUUGUAGAACUGCAUGGACAGCUUGGGUCCCUGAGAUGGUUCUCAAUGCAGAGAAUUGCCAUCUUUAACAUUGCUAUGUGUUUGAUCUGGCGGAAUUUAACUACAGUUGACCAUAAUGGCCAAAUGGCUUGUUUCUGUGAUAACUAACUGAUGGAGCACUAAGAAUCUGCCAGGUUCUGUGAUUUGUUGUUCUCUGGAAAGUGAACGCUGGACAAAGUUAAGCUAAGUACAAACUCUGCAUGUCCAUGUAGAUCAAAUGCUCCUAUAUAACCCCAGUGCCAAUUUCAGUGGGAACCUAUUGGGGCAGUAUGGAGUCUGUAAUAGCAAAAGAUGCUGGAAAUCUGAAGACCAAGCAAGCCAGACAGUAUUACUAGAGAGAGAGAAUCAUUGAGUGUUUCAGGUCCACAAAGUGAUGGAGAUUUUGAAACGGAAACACUGUCUCUUUCAAUAUGCAGACUAUCCUGUAAAUAGAGGAUAACUAAUUAGUAAGGAUGGGUUAGAGAAACUUGCAUCCUUCUCACCACUGCCGUUCUUUUAUCCCAUGGAGUGGGCAUUUCCUGGGGAUUCUGACAGACUAAGACCAGGAUUUGCAGUGUUGUGGAUGGUUAUAACACAAAAUCCUACUAUGCUUCCAGUGAGGAUACUUAACAAGUGCAUUAACUACUGACAGUUGCAUUGUGAGAUUACAGUGAUAUCUGUACUGGUGUUAUCUAAACGUUUAUGUACAGUGUGUGGCAUAAAAAUACUUGGUCCAGCUGGCCUAUCCAAUGUUUAUGCUCCAGAGAAACUUCAGUCCAACUCUGUCACCAUAUCUGCCUGUUAUUCCAAUUUUCCCCUUCUCCCACUCCCCCCACAUCGUUAAUCUCUGUAAUUCUCACAAGAACUACUUAACUGUACUCACUGUUAUCCGAUGUGAAAGCUUCCAUCUAGAUUAUAGAUGACUGUUUUUUAUUGAUACCCCACCUUUGGCCUCCCCACCAUGUAACUAGUUGCUAAUUACUAGGAAAUUCAAUUCCUGGUGGUGAGAAAAAUCUUCAGCUUGUCACUUAUGGCUAAGGGAUGAAGUUUAAUUACAAUGCAGCUGCAUUUUAACACCUCCGACCUUCUCCCUCUCCCUCUUUUCAAAGUUUCAGAAUAAAUGUAUCAUCUGUGUGUGUGACCAUAUACAACCCUGAGAUUCUUUUUCUUGCGGGCAUACACAAUAAAUUCACAAUAGAGUAAACCAUAAUACAAUCAAUGAAGGACCAUGCCAACUUGGGCAUUUAAUCAAUAUGCAGAAGACAACAAACAUCAAAUAACCAAAGAAAGUAAGAAUAAUAAUAAAUAAAUAGACAAUAAAUAUUAAGAACAUGAGAUGAGUCCCUGAAACUGAGUCCAUAGGUUGUGGGAAUAUUCCAGUGAUGGGGUGAGUGAAGUUGUCUCCUUUGAUUCAAGAGCAUGUGGCUGAGGGGUAAUAAUUGUUCUUGAACUUGGUGGUGUGACUCGUGAGGCUCCUGUACCUUCUUCCUGAUGGCAGCAGUAAGAGGAGAGAAUGUGUUAGGUGGUGGAGUGAUGAUUGAGAACUUUCCAAUGAGAAUGCUUUGUGUAGAUGUGUUCAAUGAUGGGGAAGGCUUUACCUAUAAUGGAAUGGAUUGUAUCCACUACCCUGUGUAGGAUUUUUCAUUCAAGGGCAUUGGCUGUGAUGCUUUGUACUUUAUGCCUAGACUUGCACAGGUUUCCUUUUCCUGAUACUUUGUGCUCAAAUGACCCUAUGCUUUACAGAAUGGUGCAGGAAUCUUGCCCAUGAGUUGAGAAUUGGAGAAUUCCUGCCUCAGGAGGUAUCAAGCAUGACUCAGGAUAUUAUACAACAGCUAGAGAAGUGAAAUACCCAUUAGCAAGGCUGGCGGAAGUUAGAUUCAAUUCUAGUCUGCUUGAACUGCUUUAUUAAUGGUUGUGUCUCGUUUUAAAAGUGUAUUGCCUCGUGAUAUUGUGAUCCUAAAGCACAUCAAGUUACAGGGGAUAAGAGCAGUGUGGUAGAAAGAAACCAUUCUCUUGAACCACUGACCCAUAAACUGCAUAUAAAUGUAGUUGGGAAGCUUUGAAGAUCAUUUGCAGCUCAUGGAAGAUAUGAAUCCUCUUCACUGUUGCAGUACAUUUGCAGUUUCAGCAGUCAGUGGCCACACCUGUUGUGUGGCCCCCUAUUAGACUCUGAGAUUGUCCCUGUGUUGAACAUUUCAAUCUACAACACAUUUGAACCUUUUAUGCCUCAUCUGAAUAAAUUCCAGUCAGGUUUGAGUUUUACCAGUCAGGUCCAUGGCCUGAUGAAAAGCCUUUUGCAUUGCAAUUCCCUAACCCAAAUGAUAUGCUGUCAUUCUUCACCCAUGGGCUGUGCCGUGACACAAGUCAAAUUAUGAUUCUUAAUCUGCAUCUAGUCCACACCACUGUCAAAGUUCAGGAUAACAAUGGGAUAUAAGUGAUUCCAAUGAUCAAGCUGACACUUCCUUUGCUUUCUUGUGUGGCCACCAGUGACCCAUUCACAAGACAGAGAGUUGUAGAAUUCUACUGGGGCAGAUAUUUAUCAUUCAUCCAACAGAACUCUAAACCUUGUCAUAACCACAUUGCUGUUUGUGGGAGUUUGCAUACAAAUUGGCUGUCAUACUCCCUGUAUUAUAAUAGUGAUGCUUUUACAUUAUGACAGUGUCUUAAGGUCAUGAAAAAUGGUUCUAUUUUCAUGUUGGGACUUCUGAAAAUCUGAAUUACUUAAUGGGGGGGGGGAAUUAAGCAUAUUCCUGUUUUAGUUUUAACGACAGCAUCCACCAAAAUAAAUGACUACUGAGGGAAUUGCAGUCAAAGCCAUAGCUUGGAGAAAGCUGGAAACCAAAUGAUUGUCAGACCUGGUUUUGCCCCAUGUGCUUCUCCUCAGCCCUACCCUCACUGGUUGGAAGCCACACUGGGAGCUGUCUAGUGUCUAGUUAUCACAGAUGCUGUGUUUGAUGGCAGGUGCUUCUAAAUAGAUGACAUGCUCCAACCACCGUAUAGGCCUUCGAUCUAAACAAGCUACUCUUUCUAUCACAUGCUUAAUCACUUGUCCGUGGCUCCAUUUUCAAGAGGCAAUAUUAACUGUCUUCUCUUGAACCACUUGGCUGCAGAAAUUUUACCACACCUUUCUGAGGGGUUUCUAAAGACUUUGAAAUCUCUGUACUUGUUCUUUCUUACAUGACUGAUUGGACUUUCUCUCAGCCCCUGGUUUCAACAGUAUUCCAAAGAAUAGUUUUUUUUAGAGAUGGUCUUGUAAAUAUGAUGAAGUCUGCUGUAUGUCUAAGUAACACAGACAAAAUGCUGGUGGAAUGCAGCAGGACAGGCAGCAUCUAU